AUGUCGAACCAUUCCAUCAUCCGUAUUACCAGGGAGCUGGCCGAACUCCAGAAGACCACAGACCUGUCCCUGGCCGUCGCAUGUCGAGAUGUUGAUGUUCGCAACGUGAAGGCUAUCAUCAUCGGUCCUCCCGAAACACCGUAUGAGUUCGGCUUCUUCGAGUUUGCAGUGAAGUUUGGCAGAGACUACCCAGGAAAGGCUCCCUCGGUCAUCGCCACCACUACAAACGCAGGCAGAUGUCGCUUCAACCCUAACAUCUAUGCGCAAGGAAAGGUGUGCUUGACAUGGCGGGGUGAGCGAGGAGAGGAAUGGUCGUCCGCACAAGGGCUCGAAUCUAUUUUGAUCUCGAUACAAAGCCUCAUGUCCUCGAACCCUUACGAAAAUGAGCCUGGCUUCGAAACUGCCAAUGAGGAGGUGGACAAGAAGAACCAGAAAGACUAUGUAGCGAAGAUUCGCCAUGAGUCUCUCCGAAUCUCCGUCAUUCAACGCCUCGAAGAUUAUUUGGGUAUCUCGCCGUCGGGAACCGUGGAGGAGCACUUCUCCAUUGCUAGUUUCUACAGUGACGGUGAAGAUGAUAUGGAUCGGGACAUCGAGGAGACGUCAGAAGACUUUGAUCCAUUCAAAGAUCUUUGCAAACGCCGUUUCCUUUGGUACUACGACUCCUAUCUCCUGGCUAUCAGCAAAGCGAAAGCUGAAGUCACUGAUGGGCAACCCUUCGUACGCAUGCCCUUUGAGUGUACUGGAAAUGGUAUGGAAGGGAAGUUUGAUUACACAGAGCUGGAGAGACGCUUACGGCUCAUCCGCAAGACUAUGGAUGCUGAGACGGUCAGAUGGGCUGAGGAGGGCUUGCACUCAAAGAAGAAGGAGAGUGGUGUUGCCGCGAAUCUCCAACGUCAGUACGAGCAAGUUGUCGAGUCCUACAAGCGAAAUAAGAAUGUUACUCUCGACAUUGAGCUCGUCGAAAAGAACCCGUUUGUCUGGUCAAUCACCUACUUUGGACGCCCAAUGACGAACCUUGACGGUGGUCUGUUCCGUAUCAAGCUCCUCUUCAGCCCUCGUUUCCCCGAAGAGCACCCUAGAGCAAGAUUCGAAACCCAGAUGUUCCACCACCGAAUCGCUUCUGACGGUACCCCAUGCUACACUUCGCGGAGACCAGAGGACGUCAAGGCACAUAUCGAGGCUAUUAUCGAGGCUCUGGAAGAGGAGUCUCCACCGUACGAUCCCAGGACUAUGGUCAACCCCGAGGCUGCGAAGCUGUAUUGGGGCUCAGCGGAAGACAAGAAGAUGUACAACCGCAAGCUCCGUAGAGCGGUUCAGCGAAGCAUGGAGGAGUGA